AUGGGGCACGGGCAGAAAGGAAGGAGAAAGUUCGACACCAUGUGUGAUAGACUACUGUUUAGUGAUGUGGACGCCCACGAUGAAAAUUCUGGAGAUAAAAUAGUGAAGAGAAGGAAACCUGUAAAUACAAACAGACAUGAAACAAUUGCAAAGAAGAUGGUUGGCUGCAUAACCGUGUACAGCAGCGCAACCCAAAUACAGCAAUCCCGUUCCUGCAAAGCAAUUCCAUUUGCGCGCAACCACCUACCGUACAAUAUCAUAUCUUCGGUCGGUCGAUCGCCACGUCCAAUCCCGACCAGACUCCACUGUAGUAGUAUAUCAUUAUCGAUCUUCGCCGUGCUAUCAGCCGCCGACUGUUCCCUGUCACCUCGCCGAGGUCCCAAUGGACAUGCAGCUGCAGAGCACUACGGCAAAAGAAGAGACAUCCCGGCGCUGCCGCUCGAGACACGCUGGCCGCCGUUCGCGCUCCGCCGGUCCAGCGGGUACUGGCUGUCCGAGCGGUUCCUGCCGGCGCUCGCCGCCUUCAACGACCACUUCGAGCCGGCCCCCGGCGCCACGGACGUGCUCCUGGCCACCUGCCCCAAGUCCGGCACAACGUGGCUCAACGCCCUCGCCUUCGCCACCGCGCACCGCGCCGCCCAUCCGCCUUCGUCGCCCCACCCCCUUCUGCGCCGCAACCCGCACGGUUGUGUCAUGUUCCUCGACGCCAUUUUCCUGAGGUACGAGGAGAUGCUGCGCGACCCUGCCGGGAACGUCCGAAAGCUGGCGCAGUUCCUCGGGUGCCCGUUCACAUCGGCGGAGGAGGACGCCGGCGUGGUCGAAGCGGUGGUGGAGCUGUGCAGCCUGCAGAGGCUCAAGAACCUCGAGGUGAACAGGAACGGCGCGCCGGCGCUGGUCGUGCCCAACGACGCCUUCUUCCGGAAGGGUGUCGCAGGCGACUGGCGCAAGCACAUGACGCCGGAGAUGGCGGCGAGGCUGGACGCCAUCGUCGAGGACGCCCUGCGUGGCACGGGGUUUUCGUUUGCCCACUCCAGCCAGGCGGCGGAGCACCACGGGACCGGCGCCGGAGCACCAUAGAUCGUUCGACGGCCCAAGAAACAAAAAAGAAUAACAUGAUGCGAUCAAUGCAGGUCGGGUUUCCAUCUGGAUUGAAUCAAGCAAGA